AUGCCUCAUCCAAACCAGGGUUCUCCCCCGGCUGGCUGCUUUGCCCUUGCAGUCGUUUUCAAGCAGGGAGACCAAACGAGAGCCGGAGAUGUAGGACAAGGAGUAUGGAUGCCCGCUGAGUUUUGCAAUUGCUGUCUCUCACCGGCAUACGCCCUUGUACACCAACUCCCAAUUGGCGCACGGGAACUGAUAGACAUCAUCUUUGCCGCCGCUGCUUCCUCUCUCAAGGACCCACACAUCUCCCUCUCGCCCUUUGACCACAAUCCAAAUGUACUGCGGUGGUCAGCAACUCGUAGAUGUAGGAAUCUUCCAUCGAUGCAAUCUGUUCUAGUUGAAUCACCCAAUGUCAUCAAAACUGUUUAUUCCCAACCGACCGGCAGCCUCAUGCCCCUUCAAACUCCGCUGCCAGUCUCAGGGUCUGGCGGCGGCGGCGGUGGGUUGCGGAACACAGACGCCUGCUUUCCCUUUCCCUUGGACCAUCUGGGAAUCUCGGCAAGUCGCUGCUCAUCGCUGUUAACCGGGCCUGAAAUGGCCAACUUCAGUGCCAGCUCCGGUAAAAGCGGCCCCGCUCGCUGCCUGAUCGGGGAGGUGGUCCGUGCGGGCACCCCCGGACGAUACGACGACGAUACAUACAUACAUACAUACGGCCUAAAGCAGCACCGGAAGAUGUGA